AUGGAUAUAGAUGUUGCUAUUGUAAGCCCAACUCCCACACCCAUACAAACUAUAGUUUCCACACCGCCACAGCGUCCUUCGUCUCCUCGACAAUUCUUCGAACGUCUUUACGGACAUCUUGAGACACGUACGCACAACAGCGAAAAUAGUGACAUCGAUGUGGGCACAACUCACAUCGAAACGGCAUAUCAAAGCGAUGGAGGCAGUGUAUCUUCGCCGGAUAUUUCAAUCAGUGAUAAGCAGCGCGUCUCAAUGGCGAACUUUCCAGCCUAUGAUUUAUAUACAGCUCCGCCGGAAUACAAUACACAUCAUCGUGGCAUAACGACAGGCAGCACACCAGCGGCUUUGCCUUUUCCAGGUUUUCCAAGCGAGGCUCACAUCAACGCUGGAUUUUCAGCAUUUCUGGCACGACGCCGACGCAAAGAAGGACGGCAGCGUCGGCAGCGCACCACAUUUAGCACAGAGCAGACACUGCGCCUGGAGGUGGAGUUCCAUCGCAAUGAGUACAUUUCCAGAAGCCGCAGAUUCGAGCUAGCGGAAACGUUACGUCUGACGGAGACACAAAUCAAAAUAUGGUUUCAAAAUCGUCGUGCUAAGGACAAGCGCAUUGAGAAGGCGCAAAUUGAUCAGCACUAUAGGAACUUUGUGGUGGCCAAUGGUUUUAUGAGCACAAUUAUGGGCCAAACGAGUUACGCGACGUCUGCCCCGGUUGGUGUGGGUGUGGGUUACUAUGCUGCGCCGCCGCCUCCAGCUCUGCAGACAUUGCUGCCCGCAACAAUGCUAAAGGACAACGGAGAAGCGCUCGUAAAUAACUUGAGCCAUAAGGACGAUGGCUAUCUUGACAGCGAGGAGCAGCAGCAGCAUAGAGUAGAUUCCUCGGUUCAACAGCGACGCCGCUAUGUGCCACAGCAAACGCUUGUCGAUUCGUGUUAGCAUUAGUUUAUG